AUGGAGUUCAGGGAUCUAACGGCCAGGGCCGGACUCUGGUAUGACAACUUCAUGAAGAAUGCAGACCCCAGGACAGAAGACUGGUUUCUCAUGUCGUCGCCGCUCCCCCAAACCAUAAUAAUCGUGGCGUACAUCUACUUUGUCACCCGGCUGGGGCCCAGACUCAUGGAGAACCGCAGGGCCUUCCACCUCAAAGAAAUUCUAAUUUUCUACAACUUCAGCGUGGUCGCCUUGUCCCUCUACAUGUGCUAUGAGUAUGUGAUGUCGGGCUGGGGGACGGGCUACACGUUCCACUGCGACCUAGUGGACUACUCGGACUCGCCGCAGGCAUUGAGGAUGGCUGGGACGUGUUGGCUCUACUACUUCUCAAAGUUCAUAGAGAUGUUGGACACAAUCUUCUUUGUUCUGAGGAAGAAGAACAGUCAAAUUACGUUCCUCCAUGUCUAUCAUCACUCUAUCAUGCCCUUUACCUGGUGGUUUGGAGUCCGGUUCGCUCCAGGUGGCCAGGGGACAUUCCAUGCCCUGUUGAACUGUGUGGUCCAUGUCAUCAUGUACUCCUACUACGGCCUGUCUGCCCUGGGCCCCGCCUACCAGAAGUACCUCUGGUGGAAGAAGUACCUCACCACUAUUCAGCUGAUCCAGUUUGUGAUCGUGACCACCCACAUCUGGCAGUACUUCUUCAUGAAGGACUGUCCCUACCAGUUCCCCAUCUUCAUCUACAUCAUUGGCCUCUAUGGCCUGGUCUUCCUCCUCCUCUUCCUCAACUUCUGGUACCACGCCUACACCAAGGGGAAGAGGCUUCCCAAGGUACUUCAGGCCAAAACCUGGGCCCACCCCUACAACAAAACCAAUGGCGAAAUAACCAACGGGAAUGGUUUCCACUGUGACAAGGAUAAGUGA